ACAGGAAUACACACACACACACACUCUGUAUGAUUGUUGUAAUCCUGGGGUAUGGUGACAGUGAGAACGAGCCGGCAGGCCUUGUAUUAGCUGCUCAGAUUCCUCUUCUUCGUGGAGCUGUGACUGUAUGUGUAGCCAUGUAUCCAUUUAUUUAUUUCUCUGUGUGUGUGUAGCAAAAAGGUUUUUAGGUGAUAUGAGCACGAGUGUUUGUCCAUCAGAUGACACAGGGUUUGCUCAGCCAUCCUCAGACAGCUCAUCCCUCAUUGCUGCCACCGGUUGUUGUGGAUCUAUUAACCUAUCAAACUUGUCUAACUUUUAGACGAUUUUUUUUAGAUUUUCUUGCCUUUCUUUGGCAGUUCAUAUUUGAGAUUGGCAGGAAACGUGGAGGGAGAGGGAAUACAUGACAUGCAGCGCAGAUCUUCAUGUCGGAAUUGUCUCAGGGAUGUUACAGGCCUCAAACUUACAGCUGUCAGAUGUACGUCAGUUUGACAAACACAUGAUGACAGCUUAGCGAGUCUCUAAUUUGGCAUUAACUGAAGACUACUUGGCUUAAAAUCCAAAUGCUCUGCUUUCACCACAAGACAGAGCCAUUAGUCACUUUCUUUAUACUCAGAUUGAUGUGGCACUGCUGUCCCUUACGUCUCUCUCUCUCUCUACAGAUACUGGGGUACAAUAGAAGUAACUGUGCCAACUCAGUCCACUGGGCCUACAGAAAUACUCAAGCAAAGUGACAGUUAAAUGUCAUGGCACAGCUCGAUCAGAAACUACCUGCCUGCAACAGAAAAAGCAACGUGCACACACACCAUAAGUGUGAGGACCCCCCCAAAAACAAUCACAUCCAUCCAUCAUUACUGCAUGACUACCCGGAGCUCCUAAGCCAGCCGUAGCCUAAUCCAACAAGACAGCAUGUACCAUGUGGGUAAGCCUCCUAUUGGCUGAAUGCUGUAUUCUGAUUCCCUCUACUCUCCCUUUUAGGUCCCUGUCUCUAUGGGAAACAAGUUAACAAGCUACAUGCUAAUGACUGAAAACUGUGGUAAAAACUUGCACAGUUGAACUGGGCACAAUAGGCCAGGAUGUUCUUCUUAAGGUGACAUUUUACCCCCAGAAUUAAAAAUACAUAUUUUUCCUCUUCGUGCUAUUUAUCCAUUGUUUUGUAAUGAGUUGCAGAGUUCCUAAAAGAAAUUGCUCAUGUUUUAUGGAUUAUCAUGAGUAACCAGUUCAUGAUUUCUGGAAAUGAUUUUGGGAUGGUCCCUUUGAACUAAUAUUAAGUGUCAUCACGUGCUUAAAACAAGUUCAAACAAAUACCCUUGAAAACCGAGACCAAAUGUCCUCGUAUUGUAAAAGUGCUCUUACCUCAGUUUUCUGAGAAAUGCUCUCAAAACAAUCUCUCUUUCUCUUUCUGUCUCUCUCUCUGAGACAUGCCAAAGGAAACUCCAGAUGCCUUCCCCCUACAUAGAGGGGGGCCAAGUGAGGACUCACUGUCCCGAGCCAGAUGAUAGCUCGCCAACUGUUGGCUGUAAAGACGCAAUGUACUUCUCAUCCUCCGCUCAGCAGAGUGGGUGGCUCAACAGGCCACUACAGCUAAUCACUGCUUAUGGGUCUGAGAAGCCUUCCUUCAACAAUUUUAGGAAUAGUUUGAUCUUAAGAGUGGAAACACCAUGUGCUGCAUCUUUCUGAUGCUUGGGUGUGUUAAAAUGACACACGCUGUAUUUUUUUCACUACAAGGCAAUCCAUGGGUAAACUGUGAGCAUGAAGGAGUUUGAAAGAAUAGAAACAGAGCUAAUAGGUUGAUUUCCUCAUUUUAAAAUCAGCGAGGGAUAGGAGCCUGAUGAGGAAGUUGAGGUCUCCUGUAAUAAUCCAACACGCCCACUUCUCCCUGUCACAAGACUUAUUCAUGACUGUGGGGGCUUUUCCAGUGUGUGUGUGUGUGUGUGUGCAUGGGGCAUACUUGCAUACAUAUGUACAGGAGUAGUCAUCAUUCAGGCAAGUCCUAUGAGGUACUUUUACAUAUUAUUAAUCUACAGCGUGAUCAUGCACAGGCUUGUAUUCUGUCUGCAGGAAUAAUUUCUGCACCAAGAGUCAGACUAGAGCCCAGGCUGAGGCCAGACUUCAUGUGUGCUGCCUGGGACUCUGUAAAAACAGGAUGUCACAGUUGUUCGGAGUAGGAACAGGUGGCUGUCAACGUGACUACAGACAGUGUGCUAACAGUUGCCCCAAGAGUUUGCACCACUCCCUAAUCCGUGGAUACACAAAGAGAGUUUUAUCUCGGCUCACAGGCCACAACUGCCCGCACUCGACGUCUCCAAACUUUCCCAUUUCACAUGAACGUUGCCUCACUGUCCUCCUGAGACGGCGGUGCAACAGCUCGUGGGCUACAAUAGUCGUAAUCGUUGUUAUAUUUGGGAUCCUCGCGGAAGGAAAUAUGACGCGCGAGAACAGAGCGGUGCUGUCCACGCGGCCGAAGAGGCAACGCGGCCACCGCGCGCUGCGGUCAGUUUGGAAGAGCCAUUGUCAAGACUGGCGAGCAGAAGCUGUUGUUGGUGUUUGUUGAGAUGCAUUUCUCCUGAGCCCAGCGACGCCUCCCUCAUUGGUGUGGUGGCAGGAUGCCAGUGCAGGCGGCCCAGUGGACAGAGUUCCUGUCCUGUCCCAUCUGCUACAAUGAGUUUGACAGUAGCGGACACCAGCCCAUCAGCCUGGGCUGUUCCCACACAGUGUGUAAGACCUGCCUACACAAACUGCACCGCAAGGCCUGCCCCUUUGAUCAGACGCCCAUCAGCACCGAUAUCGACCUGCUGCCGGUCAAUUGCGCCCUGCUGCAGCUGGUUGGAGCUCAGGUCCCAGAUGUGCAGCCGGUGAGCCUUAGCAGUGCAGCAGAGGUUGAGAGCUACGAGGUCUGCAGAGUGUGUGUGGAAGAGCUGGCUCUCUACCUUAAACCGAUCAGCGGAGCAAAAGGUGUGGCGACUCUGAGUCCGAGCGUGCUCAGUCGGCCGAUGCAGAGGAAACUGGUCACCUUGGUGAACUGCCAGCUGGUUGAGGAGGAGGGCCGUGUGCGGGCGGUGCGGGCAGGCCGGUCGCUGGGGGAGCGAACGGUAACGGAGCUCAUCUUGCAGCACCAGAACCCCCAGCAGCUCUCUGCCAACCUGUGGGCAGCAGUGAGGGCACGGGGCUGCCAGUUCCUGGGACCCGCUAUGCAAGAAGAUGCACUGAAGCUGGUUUUACUGGCUCUGGAGGACGGCUCAGCUUUGUCCAGGAAGGUGUUGGUUUUGUUUGUAGUCCAAAAGCUCGAGGCUCGCUUCCCUCAGGCCUCCAAAACCAGCAUAGGCCACGUGGUGCAGCUUCUCUACAGGGCCUCGUGCUUCAAGGUGACUAAGCGUGACGAGGACUCCUCACUGAUGCAGCUGAAAGAAGAGUUUCGCACGUACGAGGCUCUGAGGAGAGAACAUGACGCUCAGAUCGUCCACAUCGCCAUGGAGGCUGGCCUGCGAAUUUCACCUGAACAGUGGUCUUCUCUGCUGUACGGAGACCUGGUCCACAAGUCACAUAUGCAGUCCAUUAUUGACAAGUUGCAGUCUCCAGAGUCAUUUGCAAAGAGUGUUCAGGAGUUGACAAUCGUUCUGCAGAGGACAGGAGAUCCUGCCAACCUCACAAGCCUUAGACCACACCUAGAGCUACUAGCCAACAUAGACCACAACCCAGAUGCCCCAGCACCAUCAUGGGAGGAGUUGGAAAGCGUAAUGCUGGCUGUGAAGUUGGUGGUUCACGGUCUAGUGGAAUUCAUCCAGAACUUCAGCAAGAAGAGCCACGACACGCCACAGCCUCAGACCAACAGCAAAUACAAGACCAGCAUGUGCCGAGACCUUCGUCAGCAGGGAGGCUGUCCCAGAGGAACCAACUGUACAUUUGCACACACGCAGGACGAGCUGGAGAAAUUUAGACUGAGGAAUAAGAAGAGCAGUAAUGCAGGCCGUGCAUUCCCUCUAGCACCAGGUGUUAUGGGUAAAACCUUCACCAUGGAGGGCAGCAUUCUCACCGAUGUGUCUGCAGGAGUGGGACAGGGGCUCAAGGGCACAGGGGAGAACACGACUAGUCUGACAGAGGGGCUGCCCAGUCUGGCUCACCCUCAACUGAUCUCCAGAGGGGCUGACAUGAUGGAGGAGAUAAAGAGAGCAGUGCCAAAUGGAUCCAAUGGCGCUAACGGGUCCAACGGGAUGUCUGGCACCAACAGAAACGCAUCGGGCUCAACUGAACAGAAGCCCAUCUCUCCUCCCAGGACUCCAGUCAGCCACUCGUCAGCGUCAUCUCCAUUGACAACAGUUGGACGCAGUGAUGGCGGCCCUCCUAUCCCCAAACAUGGUCCGUUCAUGCUGCGUGCACCACAUCCGUCUCAGGCAUCAGAGCUGUAUUAUCAGGAGCCCCACUCUGCAUAUGACACAGCCCAUUAUCAACCAGCCUCAGGUUCCUACUACCAGUCUACUCUUCAUGCUCCUCACAAACCCUGCAUGGCUCAGUUCCUUCGAUCCUCCAAUGUCCCAGAAUCCUCUUUGCCACCCUCAAUUGGCCCUCCCCCAUCUUCCUACCCAAGUGACCCUCAAGGGCAGCACCCACCGUCCUCCUCUUCAUCGGGAUACCCACCACACCCGCCCAGAGAUCGAAUGGGACCUCCUACCUUCCAUCCCCACCCAGGGCAGCCUCAGUAUGGGCCUCUGGCUCCCGCUCAUGGUGUUUAUGCUCCCCUCUAUGACAGCAGGAGAGUAUGGAGGCCUCAGCUGUAUCACAGAGAGGAUGCCAGGAGUAACUCACUGCCCCCAGAGGUGCUGCAUUCCUCCGUCUACCAGCCUCCUCUCAGGGAGAGAUUCAACUCUCUAGAUAGCAACUACUGCUCUGGAGCUGAACACCGUGCAGGGCUACACAGGGAUUAUGGCCGUGUUCCUCUGGGCUAUGAGGAUCUGUUCAGAAGGAAGCAGGAGCAGUGGGCUCAUCAUCACCACCAUCACAACGCCAGCAGGCCCUCCCAGUCCUCCCCCAUCUUCACCAUCGAUUUUGGAACUGAGCAUGUGGAAAGCAGUGGAGGCCAGUGCGUGGGGUGCAGGUUCAGAGGCGAGGAAAGUUUGGCACAUUACUCUCCAUGGUCCUGUGGCACCAUCGGCCCCUGCCUUGGCCCCUUUGAGCCCGAAACCCUCACACACACGUCAGCUCACUCCUGCUCAGAGCACUCGGAGUUGGACGGUAACGGAGGUCGAGGUGGUGGUGUUAGUGGUAGUGCUGUUGGGAAGCGAUGGCUGCAUUCAUUGGAUCACUAUCGGCGCUUGAAAGACGAAGACCCGAUCAUUCCCUUUAGUGAAGCACCCAUUAUCUCCAAGUGGGGUGCCAUAUCCAGGGCAUCGCGUACGGGCUACCACACCACUGACCCGGUCCAAGCCACGGCCCGUCAGGGCAGUGCCAGCACCACACCCAUCAACUUUAAAGAUUACAACCCCCAACUGGAUCACAGCGAAUACAGGUGGAGCUCCAGAGGCUCAGACUCUUCCAGCCACUCUAGUUUCUUAGAGAGUGACCAUCUUUGUGCAUCAGAGCUUCACGGUCGCCGAACUUCAAUAAGCAGCGGUGAGAAAAUCGUGUCUGAUCUGCAAGCCCAUCAGACCGCCUACAGCCAGGACCAGGCCCGUGCCGACAGUGAACCGGACCCGGAUCGUGACAUUGAGCUUGAACUGUGUGCUCUUGACCUGGAGGAUUCAGACCACCAGGAGAUCAAGUCUCAGGAGUCUCUCGACCUGGCUACCCCACAGUCUCAGGAUGCUUCCCACCUCCUUCAACCUCCCUGCUCCUCUCCCCUCCUCUCUUCUCCUGUGGAGGAGCACCCGCAAACAGAGAGUCCUUCGGCCGAAAAGAUGGAUGCUCACCUGCUGAAAAAGAUGGCCUUCAGGAAGUCUCUUUCCCCUGGGGGGUUGGUCUCAGGAGGUCUGGGCGUCGGCAAGCUAGUGCUGCGGACUGGACCUCCUCGGCUGGGGGACACCUCCAGCCGGGCUUGUCCUGAAACGCCCGUGACAGAGAUGCUGCUCAACGGAAGCUAAGGGGACACAAUGUUAGAGACUGACCCGCACCAAGCUAGAGCUGAGUCACUAGCCCCCAACCAGAGAUCCUAGUUAAAGGGAAUGCCAUUUAAUUCCAGCCUUCAUAUAUGUCAAUCACAUGCCUAAGCUAAACUUGACAUAUAAGGUCGACAGUCUGCAGGGGUGUCAGUCUGGGGGGGAGGGACAAGGAGGACUGAGUAGACAGGACACUCGAGAAGAGGGUCCCCAAAGACGCUACAAUGAAUAGCCAUGGAUUUGGGAGGGGAUAGAGAGAAUUCCAGGGUACAGGGUCCAGAAUUUUGUGCUACACCCCUGACAGUCUGUGCUGCGCCACAUCACAAGGGGCAAGAGAAAACACAUCAUACCGCAAGUGUACAGCUCCACAGAGAAUUUAGUGUUUAGUGACAUCACUGUAUGCCUAGUAAAAUACAUGGCCUAGUAUGCCUAGUAAAAUACAUGGCCAGUUUACCCUUACAGUAGAUGCUUGAACCUUGUUUGCAGUCACAAUUAGGAGUUUAUGCUGUAAUUGAUCUAACAGCAUCUUCACCACAUAAUUGUACAUGACGAUGUAUUCCUAAAGGUUUACACAUCAUCUAGUUUGUUGUCAUUCAGCAUGGCUGACGAAGACUGUUGGGCCAUUUUCUGUCAAAUGGCGGAAGCCUGUAAGGCGUUAUGCAUUAACAAUAGUAAAAUAAGUAUGUUUCAUUUUCUUUUUUUUCCUUUUUUUUUUUUUAUAUGUUGCUUGGAUUGACAGCUGGAACUGAGAUCCCAACAUUAGCCAAAAGAUUCUGUCUUGCUCCCUGCACUGAUGUUAGGUAACUGGGAAAGCGAUUAUUAGUAAUUUACUACAGUAAAUCAUCUUUAAAAAAUAAAUAAUAUAAUAUAUUGUAAUAUUAAGAAUAUAAUUUACCAUAUGUAAUUGCUCUCUUUCUUGUGCCUGUUGCCUUCAAGGCAGGCUUUGGUUUGGCACCACAUAUCUAUCCCAAAGUUGCAUUAAACAGAACAGUUUAACAUUUUUUGCCACCUUAUGAAUAUCUGACGAAUAUGUUUCAUGUUUUGCUAUCUCUUUGUAUGUAAACGAAUGUGUUGCCAUAAACAUCCUUACAUGGCAAUGCCUUUAAUCGGCUCAGUGCAUCUGGUUUAGUUUAGCCUUUGUUGAAUCUCUGCACAACAUAUUUUCAGUAAUUCCCCCAAAACUCAAGAGACAGACAUAAUACUGAGAACAAAAAUGGGUAGGACACUCCAACCCUCCGAGAAAAUAAAACACUGCAGAAAACAAAACUUCACUAUGCUCAUAUUCAAACAGGAGUCUGUAUUUUAUUCAUCAUAUGACCUUUUAAGUGUUGACCUCUGAAUUUCCUUGACUGUCAUGAGACCACAAAACACAACGAGACAGUCAUAAACUGAAUUUGUAAAUGAUCAACUAUCACUCGAGGUCAAAUGAUCAGCGGGGGUCAGGAAGGAUGACAACAAAACAAAGAUGUGUGUUACUUUCUAUCCAUAUUGUACUAUCUUUAGCGUCUUAUCUUAGAUGACUGAUACUGCAUUACUGAAGGCUACAAAGCGAUUGUUUUAGAACAGAGUUUUUCAGCAGCAGAUGGAGCUAAUUUAGGACAUUUCUAGAAAAGUCACAUUAACUCACAAUCAAUCUUAAAAGCUGUUAUUUCCUCUAUGUGUGCCUGUGGUGGUUCUGGCAUUUAAUCCUGCGGACUAGUCUCACUGCUUUCUCUUUCUCUCUCACUCACACACACACACACACGCACACACAUACACACACACAGAGUACAAGUGCGCACAGUCACACACAGUAGACAUAAACAUGCAAUACAGUGGCCUUUCUCUCCUGUUAUAUAGACUUAAACACUGGGAUCUACUAUGACCUUUGUCCAUGCCUACUGAGACUCCCAUCCAUUUUCAGAUGUGCUAUCUUUCAUGUAACGGUGGUUCCAGAAAACUGAACACUGGAAGGCUUCUGUAAUUUUACUUUCCAGUCAAGUCACCUUUACUUAAAUGUAAUAUUCAGAAGUCGUGUGGGAUGUUUCAGAAGUGAGGGACACCACUUCUUGUGUUUUGUCAUGCUGCAUCUUUUUUAACAGUUUUGUUUUGGUUUGUUUUAUGCAUUGCUAACUUCUGUGAAGUUGUUUGUCGCAGGUACUUUGUAUCAAGAUCUUUGUUACUCUGGUUUCGUUUGCUGUAUUUUACACUACGAAGACAAAACUUUUGUCUUCUAGUCUAAUGUUCGCAUGGAUUUGCUGGCCAUCUGUAUGCUGCCUAGUUCAUUGUAAUUUUUGCCUUGUCUCACUCCCUUUUAUAGAUAUGAGGCAUCUUGUCAUGUGUGGCUUCAUCUAAAUGACUUUUAUAAAUAACAUGGAAACAGUAACCCAUUUUCCAUAUGAGGAUUUAAAGUCAUGAAGACUCUGAGUUUGUUUACACCUAUUCUAAAUCUUAUGAGAUUUGUGUAGAAUGAGAUGACCAACCUUUGAAUCUUUCAAGCUUCCUCUUUAAUUUCCUCUCACCUAAGCUACUGUACUUUUUCAGCAGCGACGUGUUUCCUCUCAGAUGAUACAAUGAAUCCCAUUUUAGUGGAUGGCAGAAUGGCUGUACAUGCAAGGAUGACUCUUUCAGUUUCAAGUUAAUACUUUGUAAACCCCCGAAGAACAUUAAAUGGAGGCAAACUUUUUUUUUGGGUGGGGGGGGGGGGGGGUUUCUUCCCAUCUUUCACCUGCCCAGGUUCAGACAAACUAUUCAGAGUGAUGCGAUACUACUCAUAAAAACUCUCCAGGGUUCAUUUCUGAAAUGAAAAUGCAAGAGCUGGUGCAAGGAUUUAGCUGCUCCAAGUCAUGAAAUCAGCUCAGCUACCGACUGUCGCUCUGCAUCUGUUUACAACUUCACCAGUGAAGUCAUGUAACGUUAAGUGCCAUGUUGUGUACAGUACAGUACAAUCAACCCCUGCAAUUUUUCAAUAGCUUUUUCAUAUUCCUCUGCUGUAAACUAUAUGGGGUGGAAAAAGCUCAGUGAAGUGUGAAGAGUGAGAUAUUUCACUUGUAGUCCUGCUUUCUUCCAUAGGAGGAGGCUACAGUAGAUCCUUGUCUGUCUUGAAUCGCUCAGGGAAGACUUAAGUUGCUCAGCUACUUUGGCUUUUUCUAUAUUCAUCACUUAUUCUGUGAAGGUAUUCUGUGGAACUAUUUACCUGAAUUUCACUUGCUGAUAACUGGCCCUUUCGCCCAAAGCAUAAAUGGGUUAAAAUGUUCCGCUGAUUAUAUUGUCUGCCAGUGUUUACUUUGCCAGUGUUUUCUUUUGCCUCUCAGUAUAAAUAUUGGCUUUGCUAUUCUUGUUCCAAUGGGAAAGGGCUGGGCACUACUGUACGUAAAAACAGUAUUGUGAGUAUUGAACUAAUGUCAGAGUGAUACUCCCCUUUUUUUCUUUAAAACUGUCAAUAGAGCACUGCUGUGGUGGCUAUUUGCACUGCACUAAUUCCCACCCCAUCACUGCCAGCGAGUGCAUUCUGCCCCGUGAGUGCCCUCCCCCAACUUUCCUUCACCCCACCACCCCAUUGUCCCUGCAUCCUGCAUCAUGCAUGCGAUAUAGUCCCUUCUUGUGAUGGCAGAGGAGUAUUGAUGAUUCUGUAGUUGUGAUACAACACCCAGCGCUGUAAGAGUUCUGCACAUGCCCACUGUGUGGCCACGUCAAGUGCUGAAGUUUGCUUGCAGCAUUUUACUUGUUUGCUCAUGAAAAUUAAAUAUUGUUUAAUAGAGAUUAUAUUAUUAUGACUAUUAUUGUAAUUACCACAUUUGGUUGUCGUUGUGGUAUUUUUCCUUCUUGGUAUCUUCUAAGUAUGCUUCUUUGUUUUGAAUUUGACAAUUUGCUGAAACUGUUGAAAUUUUUUAUUAGACAAGAAAGUGUCUCAUUAUUCUAUAUUAUAUGGGAAAAAGCCUGUUUGUUAAUUGUGAAACAUAUGAUGAACUGAUAUUUUAUGACUAUUCAUGUCUGUAUUAGACAUUUUAUUUGCGAAUCUAUUGUUCGAUUGAAAUGUAAAUGAACUAUUAAGAGAUGGUACACAUCCGUCAUUGUAUACAGUCUGGCACCAUCAUUAGAUGGACUUAUAGUAUAGACUCUCAUUUAUACAACCUGUGAUAAUCAGAUAUAUUUAAAUGUUUAAAUCGUUGGGGCAGUUGUGUAAUGUUUCAGAAUGAGGAAAAUAUAAUCCUUAAGAGACAGCAUAUCUAAAACGUCCCCAUAAUGAAUAAUACUGUUACGUAUUCCAUUUAUUUCCUUGGAAAUAUCACAUUGUGAAAGGUUUCCCUUUUACUUGCUGUAAUGCAGGACUGGAGUAAGUCGAACCUAUGAUUGAUGAUUAUAGAGUGUUGUUUGACUGACUGACUGAUUCUUCCGUGCAUUUUCUGACUUGUUCAUUUGUAUUACACUGACUUACAGACAGCUUGGCCGAGCAGAAUACUGCUUCUGUAUUGCACUGAGAGAUGAAAUUAUGAAAAGGAAGAUUUCAGCACAUGAAAUUGCAUGCUACAAUAAACAAACAACAAAUAAUG